CGAACUAUUUUUAUACAUCAGUUUAAAAUUUAUUCAUCUCCCAAUCUCUCUCCAAAACGCGACUUCAUUUAACCGAAUUCAAAUCUCCCGCGCUAAGUGCGCCCGCCGCCAUAUUUAAUUUUUCGGCCAAUUCAAAUCAGUUUACAUUUUUGAACGCACUUCCGGUACAGUAUUGCUAUUAGCCAGCAUAAAGACAUCGGUCUUCAUUUUUAUUUUUAAAAAAAAAAAUUCAUAUACUUUUUGAAAUUCAUUAUCAUCAAUUUUAAAGUAAACAAUAAUUUUAAAAAAUUAAUCGGUAAAAAAAAAAUAAAUUUAAAUAGUGAUAAUGAUUUUAGUUUGUUUUAAAAAUAUAUUUAUUUGCAUGAGUGCACAUCAGUCCAUAGUUUAUGUCCAUGACGUACGCAUACUCCCAGCACCGCCAGCACCACCUCCGUCACUUCGUCCCUCAUCACCAUGUCAUUCUUCGUAUCUCUAUGUUGUUGUAAGUAUUGGUGUAGCAGCAAUAGUUAGCAGCUAAAAAGAGAAGUAAUAAAAGUAAAAGAGUGUAGAGGAUAAAUUCGAUUGUGCAUGAAACUCUGGUGAGAAUGCGCGGCAGCAACCAAACCAACUUGCUCUAAUAUGUACGAAAAGGAAUAAAAGUAGCAGAGGAAGAUACAGCUGCUGAAGGAGAGCAAGAGACAGAAGUCUGUUGGUGAACAGUGAAUUUAUAUGUACGGUGAUAUGUGUUGGUGCCGUCUGUCCAGGUCGCUGUUACACCGUGUUGUCAACAGAAGUGAGACAGAAUAAACUUACGAGAUUGCUGGAGAAGUAAAAUAGGCGGGGAAGGUUUGAGGUAAAGCCUGGUAGUUGUGUGAUCACUGAUCAGUGUGGGUAUUACUCCAACCCAAACUCUUAAGCUGAAUUUUUAAACGGGUCAUCAUUUUAUUCUGCACAUAAAUUAUUAUUAUUAUUUUAUUUAUACCAUAAAUUAAUACUGCGGGGAUUACUUGUGCUCAGACGUAUUAUUUGUGCUGCUAAUAACUGAGAUAUUAAUAAUUGUGUGUGCUCAGUACAAACUAUUAUUAUUUUUCAUGCCGUGUUUUAUAAAUUGUCGUAAAUUUGUGUACAUGGAGCCUGUGGAACGAUAGAAAAUGCUGGGAGACGAUCCGCCAUACCUGUCGGUGGGAACGGAAGUGAGCGCCAAGUACAAAGGCGCCUUUUGCGAGGCUAAGAUUCGUAAAGUUGUACGUUCAGUAAAAUGUCGAGUUACGUACAAGCAAGGUCUGGGAACUGCAACUGUUACCGAUGACCAAAUAAAAGGUACACUGAGAGUCGGAGCAUCUGUGGAGGCUCGUCAUGUGGACAAGAAAGAAUUCGUUGAGGCGACCAUCACCAAGAUACAGGAUUGCAGUCAGUACACGGUAGUCUUUGAUGACGGAGACAUAACGACGUUGAGACGAACUGCUUUGUGCUUGAAGAGUGGAAGACACUUUGCCGAAAGUGAGACGUUGGAUCAGCUGCCGUUGACGCAUCCUGAACACUUUGGUAACCCGGUGAUUGGUGGUAGACGUGGCAGACGUUCGAGGCAAGCACAGGAUGACAGCAGCGAAGAUGAAGGAAGUCCACCGCGAGGGAGUCCGUCUGGUUCGGGUGUUGGUGGAAAAGAAGGUGUGGAAACUGAGCCUGAGAUCGGACGAGUCGUUUGUGUCGAGCUGGGCGAUAAGAAAAAGAAAGACAAUUGGUUUCCCGGGUUAGUUGUUGCUCCGACUGCUCAGGAUACUGUCAGAAUACGGGUCCGUGAUGAUUAUUUGGUUAGAUCCUUCAAGGAUGCUCGAUACUACACAGUUCCCAAGAAGGAAGCGACUGAAUUUACCAAGGAAAUGGGAACGAAAGUUGAAAACAGUGCUUUGAAAAUUGCUGUUGAGAAAGCUCUAUUGUUUUUAGAGAAAAAUGAAUUGCCUCCUCACUGGGAUCGCGAUUCAUUGUUUGGUAACAGUAUGUCCAGUGGUAACAGUGAUACAGAUGGAGAUUUAGAUUCCGACAGCUCGGAUGACGAACCACGCGAGGAAAAAGAUCAUUUUGUAGCACAAUUAUAUAAAUUUAUGGACGAUCGAGGUACUCCGAUAAAUAAUUGCCCGAUGAUUGGCAAUGAAGACAUUGAUUUGUAUCGUUUAUUCCGGGCUGUUGAAAAGCUAGGUGGCUAUAAUCGCGUGACGAAUCAAAAUCAGUGGAAGUCAAUAACAAGACGACUUGGUAUUUCAAUGCAAUUGACACAUGCUACGCACAACCUCGUGAAGCAGGCAUACAAAAAAUUUUUACACUCUUUUGAAGAUUUUUACAGAAAGCUUGGAUGCACGAUGGUGAAUCAUCCGAGAGGCAGUACACGUAAACAACGACCUGGGAGAAGUCUUAUCCGAGACAAAGAUCGUAACACUCCGGUUCCAACGGCUCAUCAGAACAUUCCCAAGACGGAGAAAGAAAAAACUGAAGGUGAUGAGGAACCAAAAGAAAAGAAAGUUCCCGUUGAAGAUGAAAAACCUGUCAGUAGCGAGCCGUGUGUACCUCGAGAGAUUGUCAAAGAGGAAGAACCGAAGCCGGUUAAGAAGAAAGAAGUUGUCGAAGAGUCCGUCAGUGGACAAGAGAGUGAUAUAAAUGUUGAAGCUGAGAGUACUGAAUCAUCGAGUAGUGAAAAGUCACAAAAACCACCAGCGAGAUUCACUCCAGUAUCUCUGGGUCGUGCUAAAUCAUCAUCAGCAACGACAGCGACAGCAUCAGUAAUAGCUACAGCAACAACAACAGCAGCAACAACUCCGGCGACUAAAAUUAAAGAAGAGCCGAAGAAAAAAACCUAUGAAAAGAAAAAACAAGAGGGAAAUUCAUCAUCGUCAAGUUCUGGUGCAAGUUUGACGGGAAAAAAAGAAACGUUAAAUAAAAAAGACGAGGAAACUACAAAGACACGUUCUAAAUCUAAAGAAGAUACUAAAGUAAAAGACUCUCGUGAAACUCGUACACCUUCUCGUGAGUCUGAAAAAACUCGUGGUAAUUCUUUGAAACCGCGGCGAUUGACAGACGACGAACUUAAAAAGCAACAGCGUGGACGGAAGAAGCGAGAAGACACUGAUAAAUCUCGUACUGACAAGGAUGAAAGCAGUGGAGCUGAAAGCUCAUCGGCGCCCUGCUAUAAGGGUCCAGUGCAAUUGGGAGACAGACUGAAAGUUUACUACGGACCGACACACGAGUCUAAAGUAACGUACGAGGCAAAAGUUAUUGGAGUCCAGCAACUCGAUGACUGUGAUGAGAUUAACUAUCUCGUGCAUUACACAGGUUGGAAUACAAGAUACGAUGAGUGGAUCAAAGCUACCAGGAUAGCGCAGAAUUUUACACAAACUCAGGCGCGAGUUAGAAGAACUAAAGCAACACCCAGACCUCAAACGCCUAGUACCAACUCGAGUAAAUCUGCUAAAACACCAACUACUGGCUUACAAGGUAGACGAAGAGCUCAGAGUGUUGCGCCAACGACUUCGAAAACUUCGUCAGCAACUUCCACCAGCACUAGUUCAACUUCAUCUGCAAAUAAUAAAGAUAAAGAUAAAGAUUCGUUUCAACCUGCAAGAUCUACUACGCCUUUGUCAGUUAACAGCUCUAGCUCACGAACAAAGAGUCCAGCUACUCCAGCAGGUAGUCGUCCUACUAGAAAUACUAGAAAUGCUGAACAACUGGGUAUUGAAUUGCGUAGACGUACCAGAAGAAUGUCUGGACACACUGAUUUGUCUGUCGUCACUGAAAGUGAAGACAGUGAUGCUUAUGAGACUGAUACUACUGAACCAGAGAGAGCUAGAACGAGAUCACGUGGUACUGAGGAACGUAGAAGACGAGAAGUAAGACGCAGAGUUGAAGACAGAAUAAAACCAGAUGAAAAUAGUGAAGUUGAAGAUGAAAAAGAUGCUGUGAGUGAACCAAGAAGAACACGAAGAUUAAGAAGGACUCCGAAUAAAAUACAAAGUACUAAAUCUGAGGUAGACAGUGGUGGUGCUGGUGCUGAUGAAGAUGAAGAAGACGAUGUGGAGGAUGAAGAGAAUGAUGAAAAUGAUGAAGAUGAAGAUGACGAGGAUGAAGUGCCAGAUACUUUUGAGCGAACACAAGGACACGAUGAACAACCGAAAGGACGUGAUUUUGAUCUUAAUCAAAUAAGAUCAGAACUCAAAGGAUUUGAUAAAGCUGUGAAAAUGGAAGUACUGAGAAUGGAGCCAGAAAAUUCUGGGGAUGAAGAAACUAAACCACGUGUUGAAGAUCUGCAAAAAGAUGUUAAAGAAGAGAAAAAAGAAGUUAAAGAUGUUAAAGUUGAAGAACCUGUUGACAUUAAACCAGUUGUUGAAGCUGUUGCUGUUAAACCUGAUCCAUCCCCUUCGCCUACUGAGGACGUUUAUGAAUUUAAAGAACCAGAACCAUUUGAAUUUGAAGUUAGAAAUAAGCGGGAUUCUUCUGGUGAUAAAGAUAAACCGAAAAAGCGGGUCUUUGAUGAAGAACCCAAGAGCCCGAAAAAGAAACAAAAAACUUCAGCAGCUAGUCCUAAAGAAAAUAAACCAGAGGUUGAGGCUGAAUCUAAACGUAAAGCCAGAAGAACGCCUGUAAAACGUCCUGAAGAAACUCCUGAAAUUAUUACGCCGCCUAAACCAACUGUUAUUUCAUCGCCGAAAGAAUUUGAAAAGAUUGUUGAUCCUCCACCAUUGAUUCCACCUAAAACGACACCUGUUACUCUUUCACCGCCGACUUUAGUCUCAGCCGUCAUCGAAGAACAAACCAAGAGUAGUUCUAACGUCGAUUUACUUUUUAAUGACUCGAUGAGCAACGACGAUGGAGCCGGAGAUGCUGAUGAUCCCGAGGACCGUUUGAUAAUAUCUGAAGCCGAAGUUUCCGAGGCUGAACACGACAAUCUGUUUACUUAUCAACAAGACAUGUUUCCAAAGAAUGAAAUGGCCAAUAAAAUUGAAUUUAAUAAAGAACCUGAAAGUGGCAAAGACAAAGAAGAGAAACAUAUCCAAGCAGCUCCAACUGUCGCUAGCACUAGUGCCAUGCCUAUAAUUGCACCACUGGUGAUUCCAACGGUAGCUCCGAUAGUCGAUAGAAAAAUAAUUGAUCCAAAACCAUUGAUUAAUGAAAGAAAAAUAAUUGAUAUUAAGCCACCAAUCAUUGAACGAAAAAUUAUCGACUUAAAGCCACCGGUGAUUGAAAGAAAAAUAAUCGAUCCAAAGCCGCCGACUAUUGAAAGAAAAAUAAUUGACACAAAACCACCGACGAUCGAACGAAAAGUUAUGGAUACAAAGCCGCCGGUGAUUGAAAGAAAAAUUAUUGACAUGAAACCAUCAGCUGUUGCUUCUCUAGCGACUACAACUCUCACUACACCUAUAAUUCUUGCUCCCAUUAGCGCCAGAUUACCGGCAACGUCAACGAUCGAAGAAAAAUUAUCAGCCGCGGCGAUGGCCUUCAGACAAUCAAAGCCGAGAGACUCUAAGCGGGAUGAUGAUUCAAAUGAGUCGAAGAAAAAUUCAAAAGAUAUUUUGAAGAAGACCGAAACAUAUGGAAAGAGAUCGAAAAUUAUAAAUGACGAGCAGGUUAAACUGAAGCAAGAAUUGGAGAGGAAAAAAGAAGAAGAAGCUUUGAAACUCCAAGAGGAACGGUCGAGAGAAGUUAUAAGAAUUGCGUUGAAACAAAAAGAGGAAGAGCUUGAACAGUUGAAGAUGCAUAAAGAAGAUUUGAAGAAAGUUACGGAUGUUAAAGUUGAUCAGAGAAAAAUAGUCGACAAACGUGAAGACGUGUGGAAAAAGAAAGAUAAAGUUGAAAUUAUGGAUAUAGAUGUUCCGAAAGAAAUUACUCCGGAGCCUAAAGAAAAUGAAAAACAAAAACGUAAGAAAGUUUUGAGCCAAGAGUUUGUCGAUUCAACUGAUAGCAGCGAUUCGGAGCAAAAACUUGUGAUUGACAAUUCUGAGAUGAGAGAAGAGCGGCAUGAAUCCUGUGAUUUUGAUGUUAAAAUAAAAACAGAGAUGGAUUUAUAUCCAGAGGCGCGUUCUGAUCAACAUCAACAAGUACAAAGUCAUGUCGUUCAGCUUUCCCAGCAGGAACAACUCAUUAAUUCUCCCAAGAAUAUUGUAAUGAGUGUUAAAACAGAGGAAGAAGGUGAAAAUAUGAAUUUACUUUGUGAAGAAGAGAUUCCAGGUUCUCCUGCACCUGUCAUUGAUACGACAGAGCAGGAAAGACCUGGUGAUCAUCAUCAUCAUCACCACCAUACUUUAAUAAAGAAUGAAUCGAAUGAAAAGAAACUUGUGCUUUUAGAGAUGCCAUUUGCCAGUGCACCAGCUCUAGGACCACAGAGUAGUACCAGCCAAGGAUCGAUGUCAAUGACCGUCACCACGGCAUGUAACGUUCCUGUGCCUGUGCUGAUUCCAAUGCAGCCAAAUGUCGUCUCCACUUCACGGCAGCCGCCGCUCAUUCAGCAUCAGCAUCAACCCCAACAGCAGCAGCAGCAGCACCAGCCACUACAGCAACACCAACCACCACCUCCUCCACUACCAGAACAACACUUGCCACCUCCGGUCCCGCAAGUCAUCCAUCCACCAAGACGUGAAAGCAAUGAAGCUGCUCCCGUAAUGGACAAUACCCCUCCAACUACACCAGACUCGACGAUCUCCAACAUAUCUACAUCUCCACGAGGCGACGAAAGAACCGGUGGAUCCUCGCCCUUGUCCGAUGAAAAUGUUAAAAUAAAUCGUGAUACAUCAGAAGCUGAUGACAGCGCCGGCAAAGGUCCCUCAGGUUACAGCGAAGACGACGCGACCUUAAAUACUGACAGCAAUACAGCCGAAAGAAGUUCCUCCAAGGCAAUAAAAAGGUCUGCUGAGGAUCCUUCGUCGCCUAAAAAGAAAAAACGCAGUCGUAAAAGCUCCGAGUGUGGUAGCAAUGCAGGUAGAAAAUCAAGUGGAAGACAAUCAGGCAGACAGACGAGACAAAGUGGUGCUGCUGGAAGUGACAGUGAUGACACCAGUGAAAGCUCUAAUUCUGCUUCUCACAAUAUUAAUAAUAAUAAUGUUAAUAAUAAUAAUAUUAAUAGUAAUAAUAAUAAUAGUAACAGUAAUAGUACUACUAAUAAUACUAAUUCUCCGCCGGAUGUUAUUGAAAAUACAACUACUGCGACCACUACAACGACAGCAGUUACUACUAAUGGAAUAACAGAUCUCAAUAGUAUUUCGUCUCGAUCUCCAAAGCCAAUGAAGUACAACUUUUAUGUGGAACUUGAUCCUCAGUUGGAUGGCAGCCAGAGAAUAGCUUUACUUCAACAAAAAUUAACAGAGUUGAAGAAUACUUAUAAUUCAGUGAAACUGGAAUUAGCGGGUAUUGAAAGGCGAAGAAAAAAAUUACGAAGAAGAGAAAGAGAAGCAAUGAAAGCCGCGAAAGCAGAAAUGCAACAAGCGUGCUCUUGAUGAGACCGCAAUAAUCACCAUUAGCAUCAUUAAAUGUUAUAAAUUAUUUAAAAUGGCUAAAGGAUUUAAUAAAUAAAUUGUAAAUACAGGCGAUGAGGAGGACCGGCUAUUCUCGUAAAAAAUAACAGCCACCUUAGACGCACUGUUUAAAUUAAGUACAGUUACAAUGGAGUAAAUUUAGAACAUAACUUUCUGGUACAUCUUUUAUCAAUGUAAAUUGUAGAUAUAGAUGUAAGAAAUUCGUUUUAAAGAUAAAUUAAUAUUGAUAUUAUUAUUAAAUUGAUAACUAACAAAAAAUAUAUAUACAUAAAAAAUUGAUAGAUUGUAUAAGUAUACAUAUUAUAUUAUAUUAUAUAUAUUUUGGUUGACAAUACCGUUUAUAUAAUUUUUUUUUUUUUUUUUUUCCGUCUGUGUCAAGUGCGAAUGUUUAACAAAGUACAAAAUAUUGGCCGGAUUUGUGUCUUGAUGAUUAAAAGAAGCCAAACCCAAAGGUCCUGACUACUCCUCGUGUCCAACGUGGACCAAUUUUAAACUUUGGCUUAAUUUUUUCUUCAGCAAUUUAUUAAAAUAUUUGAUAUUAUAUAUUUUGUAAAAAAUAAUAAAAAAUUAAUGCCGAUUAAUUAUUUACCCAGUGAACAACUCAACAGUUAUUAAUUAUUAGUUAUUAAUUACUAAGUAAUUAUAUGCAUUACAAAAAAAAAUAAUUAAAAUUUUUAUAUGAAAUUGUAUUUAUUUGUUAUAAUACAGGAAUAAGAUAAUCAUUAGCUGAUUUAUUUUUAAGUUUACUGUUUUAUUUCGUGCUUUUAUUAAAUGGUCAUUACUUUUUAUCUAUUAGCUGACGUACUUUAAUUAAUGACUAGUGUUGAAAAAAUAAUUACUCCUCAGUACUCAACAACUUUGUCUAACAUCAAAUAGAUCAAUAAAAAAUAUGCGAGUAGUAGAUCCUACAGAAGAAGAAGAAGAAGUCUUUUUAUUGAAGAUUAAAUAAAUAGAGUGAAUAGAAAUCGACUCGGGUGUUGACAGUUUUAAUACUCCGGCGCAAUGAGGAAAAAUUUUCAAAUUCUGUCAACGUCAAACUAAACCUUCGUAGUAUUCUGAGAUAUGAAAUGAGUAAAGAGUAGUUACAAUUAAACGUGAAAAAAUAAAUUUCUCAAAUGAACAAGUUAGUUGUAAGUAAAGUAAAAUUUUUAGAAGAGGACAAGAAGAUUUUCCUAAAUUUUUGAUG